AUGUCAGAGAAGGAGCAAGUCACACUGGCGGAAGGACAUGAUCAGGAUCAAUAUGGUGAGAUUGAUGCCGAGUCACUCAAUUUACAAAGAAGCUUGGAGAGCUUAUCGUCAUGGGAGUCUCAAAUGAGUAAAGUUGAAAAAGAUGCAGAGAUAUACCGAAUCAAACAAAGUCAACCAAUGUAUGCUAAGCGAAGGGAAAUCUUGAAACAAGUACUGAAGUUUUGGUAUAUAAUUUUGGCAGAAAAUGAUGAGUUUGGUGAUUAUGUCAGUCCCGAAGAUCUCAAAUAUCUCGAAUACAUUGAUGACAUAUACGUUUACUACCCUAUAUCAAGUGAGAGCUUGAGAAAAGAAGGAGAUGUUAAUAAUGAAUUGAAUAACAAGGACUUUGAGAUAACAAUUGGAUUUACUGAAAAUGACUUGAUACCCAAGCAAUCUAUUACUAAAAAGUUUAGAACGUAUGUUGGUGAGGAUGGAGAAGACCAUGUGAAAUCGGAACCUGUGGAUAUUCAAUGGCCCAAGGGUAUGGACAAGAUCAACCCGCAAAUUAUUAAACAGAAAUCAAAGGGUAAUUCCAUGACAUCUGAGGAAAAGAAGAAUUAUAGAGCAGGAAUGAAGUCGUUUUUCGCUUGGUUUGCAUGGACUGGAAAGAAACCGGGCAAAGAGUUUAGAAAUGGCGAGGAUUUGACGAAUUUGAUAACUGAAGAUAUCUUUGUAAAUGCGUUGAAAUACUACAUAGUGGCAUUGUCGAAUGAUUCUGAGGAUGGAGAAGAUGAUGAAGAGGACAGUACAGAGGGGGAAGAGUUGGACUUGAGCGAAGAGGAAGAACAAGAAGAGGAGGAAGAGGAGGAUGAAGAGGAAGGUCAACAAGAUAGAGCAGAGGCUAGGCUCUCUAGUUCAAAGGGGCUGAAAAGACUUUCAGAUGACAAUGCCAAUGAAGAAACCCAAAAUAAAAAGCAGAAAUGA